AUGUCGGGAGGAAAUUACCAGGGGAGCUACGAGACGCAGGCCGGUACCCGCCACGCGGAGGAGGAAGACAGCGUGCAGGUACUUCUCUGCGGAACGUCGAACGAAGGGACGAUCACAGACUUCGCGCGCGAGCAGAAUCGCUUUGGUGGCGGCGCUUCGUAUCCUUUUUCACCGCACGCAGCUGUCGAAGCCGCGCCCGCAACUGACGCAGAUUACCUGUUUGAGCAAGCGGAAGGGGGGGAGGCGAACUUUCCUUCCCAGCUGGAUGCGACCGCACAGAGACCAGCAACCGAAGGCGCCGGCGUCGGCGAGAACAUUGAAGGCCUCCUCGAAUGCUCAGAAGAUCCGGCGGGGGGGACUGCGACUUCUCUGCUUUCUUCUCUUUCGGGGCAGUCGAAGCUCGCCUCUUCACAGUCGCUUCUGCGCAGUCCGUCGGAGCGCCUGGACGCUUCGCUGCCGCGGCCGGAAGGCGCCGAAGCCGCCGCGCGCGCGCCGUCGUCUCUCCCCGCCCGCGGAGUCCCGACGUCGUCAGUCCCCGACGUCGACGCUGCGACGGCUGAGGGAAAGGUCGUCAUGGAGUGGGAAGUUUCGCGGGAUCGAAAGUGGCUGUACGCCCGCGAUAAAUCCCAGUGGUUCAACUACGGCUUCGACGAAACAACCUUCCGGGAGUGGAUUCAAAAGCUCCGCGACGAGCGCGUUGCGAGGCUGGCCCAUCGGUCCGUGCUCGUGGCAGGCGACGAGCCUCAAUCGGCCCAGCAUUUUCUUCCUUCGGGGCCGCAAGUCUUUGGAGUGCAUGCGCCCUACAACGCUCAAGAUCCAAACUCAUGUCAUCGAUGA